CCAGCAUGCUUGCUGGGAGUUCUUGAUGUCUUUGUCAUCUGCAUGCAGUCAUAGUCAGUGCAUGAAGUGGCCGUGGUGCGGAGAAGAUCGUCCUAUCUUUCUGCCUUGAAUUAAUUGAAAAAAAAACAAAAAAAAAAAACUUAAACUUAACUUACUUAAAAGAGCCGGCAAAAUGAACCGGCUCUUUGAACCGGCUCGUUCUGGAACCACACAUCACUACAACAGGAGGGAGACACUACUCGAGAGGAGACACUUCAUGGAGACACUUCAUGGAGACACUUCAUGGAGACACUUCAUGGAGACAUUUCGACUCAAGUCCUGUCAACUCAACCAUUAAAGAUUUACCACAGUCAGUAAAGAUGGAUGGACUUCUGCUGUGACAGCUGAAGCUACAAGCUGUUUUAAAAAGCUCCUUGAUCCUCGGUGGCAGCAACUGAUAUAAAUAUAAUGGCGGAAGCUGCGAGACCCUCAGCAGUAUCAUCUGGUGUAGCUACCAUGGCAGAAGAGAAACAGCAUCCUUCACUGAUCCAGAGAGUGGAAACGAUGGCGUCUGUUAUAGAGCUGCUUUUGGAAACACUGGAAGAUUUGAGUAACAAGGAGCUCCGGAGGUUCAAGGAGACCCUGAGUAAAACUCACUUUGACAGACGUUCAAAAAACCUGCGGUGGCAGCUGGAGAUGAAAGACAUGCAGAACACAGUGUUUUUAAUGGUGCUGACCGACGGCCAACAGUCUGUGGAGAAGACCAAGGAGGUUUUAAAGACGAUGAAGAGGCCUGAUCUGGUGCAGAGGUUGUCAGACAGCAGCUCAGGACCCAAAAAAAAACACUCUGUGGAUGAACACCUGUCUGCACUGAUCCACAAAGUGGCAACAAUGAGGGCCGUUAAAGAGCUGCUUAUGGAAACACUCAAUGAUUUGAGCUCCGAGGAGUUAACGCAAUUCAGGUGGUUGCUGUAUUUCACGUUCUUCCAGAGGAACCUUCCAUUCAUCUCAUGGAGUCAACUGCUGAAGUCAACCCGGACAGACCUGGUUAAGAUGAUGGUGCAGAAGAUGAUGGAGAUGUACGGUCAUCAGUCUGUGGAGGUGACUGAGGAGAUUUUCAUGGACAUGAACAGGACUGAUCUGGUGCAGAGGCUGUCAGAGAUCAGCUCAGGACCCAAAGAGAAACACUGUGUGGAUGAACAUUGGCCUGCACUGACCCAGGAGGUGGAAACGAUGGCGUCUGUUAUAGAGCUGCUUUUGGAAACACUGAAAGAUUUGAGUGACGAGGAGCUCGAGAGGUUCAAGGUGGUUCUGAGAAAAACUGACUUUCCCAGACGUUACAUCCCGUGGUGGCAGCUGGAGAUAACAGACAUGCAGGACGUAGUGUUCUUAAUGGUGCUGACCGACGGCCAACAGUCUGUGGAGAGGACCAAGGAGAUUUUAAAGACGAUGAAGAGGACUGAUCUGGUGCAGAGGUUGUCAGACAGCAGCUCAGGACCCAAAAAGAAACACUCAGAUGAACACCGACCUGCACUGAUCCAGAAAGUCGCAACAAUAGCAGCUGUUAAAAAUCUGCUCUUGAAAACUCUAAAACAUUUGAGCAACGAGGAGAUCAAGAAAUUCAACGAGUUCCUGCAGUCGAUUGUUUCACAGAAGAACCUCAGAGACAUCUCAUUGACGUUCAGACUCACAUCAGACAGAGCAGCCAUGGUGGAUCAGCUGGUGCAGACCUACGGCCAGCAGUCUGUGGAGUUAACCGGGGAGGUUUUACAGAAAAUGAACAAGACUGAUCUGAUGCAGAUGUUGUCAAAGCCCAGCUCAGGACUCAAAGAGAAACAGUCUGUGGAUGAACAUCAACCUGCAGUGUCAGAGACACACGAUUACAGAAAAACUGGCCCGAUUUUCAUGAAACUUGGUAAACUGUCGUGGUAUCGGCCAAAAACUCAGGAAAAGGCAUUAUCUGCAGAGGUUGUGACUACACCAUCAGCGUUGACGGUGGUAACAGAAGCUGUGAAACAGAUUCUUUUAGAAACACUGAAGGAUUUCAGUAACGAGGAGCUCAAGAAAUUCAAGCGGUUGCUGCAGUUCACGUUCUUCAAGAAGAGCCUCCCAUACUUCCCAUUUGAAGUACUGAAUUUGGCAAACAGUGCAAACGCACUGAUGGAUCUGAUGGUGAAGACCUGCGGCCAGCAGUCUGUGGAGGUGACCUGGGAGGUUUUAAUGGACAUGAACAGGACUGAUCUGGUGGAGAGGUUGUCAGAGAUCAGCUCAGGACUCAAAGAGAAACAUCCGUCUAAACCGAUCCAGAAAGAAGGAACCAUGACACCAGUUCAGGAGAAGCUUUUGGAAACACUGAAAGAUUUAAGUGACGGGGAGCUCGAGAAAUUCAAGCGUGUCCUGCAGUACAUUAAAAUGGAGAAAAGCCUCCCAAUAAUCCCAAGACGGAGAAUGGAGAUGGCAGACAGAGUUGGAAUAGUGGAGCUGAUGGUGCAGACCUACGGCCAGCAGUCUGUGGAGGUGACCAGGGAGGUUUUUAAGAAGAUUGACAGGAGAGAUCUGGUAGAGAGGUUGUCAGACAUCAGCUCAGGAUCCAAAGAGAAACAGCAUCCUUCACUGAUCCAGAGAGUGGAAACGAUGGCGUCUGUUGUAGAGCUGCUUUUGGAAACACUGAAAGAUUUGAGUGACAAGGAGCUCGAGAUGUUCAAGGAUGCCCUGAGACAAACUUACUUUGCUAAACGUUACAUCCUGCGGAGGCAGCUGGAUAUGAAAGACAUGCAGGACACAGUGUUUUCAAUGGUGCUGACCGACGGCCAACAGUCUGUGGAGAAGACCAAGGAGGUUUUAAAGACGAUGAAGAGGCCUGAUCUGGUGCGGAGGUUGUCAGACAGCAGCUCAGGACCCACAAAAAAACACUCUGUGGAUGAACACCUGUCUGCACUGAUCCACAAAGUGGCAACAAUGACGGCCGUUAAAGAGCUGCUUAUGGAAACACUCAAUGAUUUGAGCAUCGAGGAGUUACAGAAAUUCAAGUGGUUGCUGCAGUUCACGUUCUUCCAGAGGAACCUUCCACUCACGUCAUGGAGUCAACUGCUGGAGUCAACCCAGGCAUACCUGGUGGAGAUGAUGGCGGAGAUGAUGGUGGAGAUGUACGGUCAUCAGUCUGUGGAGGUGACUGAGGAGAUUUUCAUGGACAUGAACAGAACUGAUCUGGUGCAGAGGCUGUCAGAGAUCAGCUCAGGACCCAAAGAGAAACACUGUGUGGAUGAACAUUGGCCUGCACUGACCCAGGAGGUGGAAACGAUGGCGUCUGUUAUAGAGCUGCUUUUGGAAACACUGGAAGAUUUGAGUGACGAGGAGCUCGAGAGGUUCAAGGUGGUUCUGAGAGAAACUUACUUUGUCAGACGUUACAUCCCGUGGUGGCAUCUGGAGAUAAAAGACAUGCAGGACACAGUGUUUUUAAUGGUGCGGACCGAAGGCCAACGGUCUGUGGAGAAGACCAAGGAGGUUUUAAAGACGAUGAAGAGGACUGAUCUGGUGCAGAGGUUGUCAGACAGCAGCUCAGGACCCAAAAAGAAACACUCAGAUGAACACCGACCUGCACUGAUCCAGAAAGUCGCAACAAUAGCAGCUGUUAGAUAUCUGCUCUUGAAAACUCUGAAACAUUUGAGUUAUGAGGAGAUCUGGAAAUUCAACGAGUUCCUGCAGUCGAUUGUUUCACAGAAGAACCUCCCAGACAUCUCAUCGAUGUUCAGUUUCACAUCAGACAGAGCAGAAACAGUGGAUCAGCUGGUGCAGACCUACGGCCAGCAGUCUGUGGAGUUAACCAGGGAGGUUUUACAGAAAAUGAACAAGACUGAUCUGAUGCAGAUGUUGUCAAAGCCCAGCUCAGGACUCAAAGAGAAACAGUCUGUGGAUGAACAUCAACCUGCAGUGUCAGAGCGACACGAUUACAGAAAAACUGGCCGGAUUUUCAUGAAACUUGGUAAACUGUUGUGGUAUGGGCCAAAAACUCAGGAAAAGGCAUUAUCUGCAGAGGUUGUGACUACACCAUCAGCGUUGACGGUGGUAACAGAAGCUGUGAAACAGAUUCUUUUAGAAACACUGAAGGAUUUGAGUAACGAGGAGCUCAAGAAAUUCAAGCGGAUGCUGCAGUUCACGUUCUUCAAGAAGAGCCUCCCAUACAUCCAAUGGGAUGUACUGUAUGUUGCAGACAGUGCAGAUAAACUGGUGGAUUAUAUGGUGAAGACCUACGGCCAGCAGUCUGUGGAGACGACCAGGGAGGUUUUAAUGGAGAUGAACAGGACUGAUCUGGUAGAGAGGUUGUCAGAGACCAGCUCAGGACUCAAAGGGCCUUCAAGAAGCUUGGAGCCUGAGGCUGGUGGAAGCGUUAUGCAGGACUCCAGUGACUGGACUAAACUUGAACCUGAAGUGAACAGUCCAGAUGCAGACGAAUCUCCAACUUACAGCCUACAGUCUGAAGCAGGAAACUUUGAAUGUGGUGUGUCUGGCUUGCGCUGGGUCUGUAAGCAGAAGGUCAGCUUUAAGUACCAGUUCUGCUCUUGGGAGGAACCUAUGCAGAGGAUGGAAAGCAUCCAAUACAUGGCUGCAGGUCCCCUAAUAGACAUCAAAGUCAUUGCUGGGAAGUUAGAUGAGGUGUACCUGCCACACUGGAUCUGCAUACAUGACAACCCUACACUAUUAGACAAGUUUGCAGUCCUACACAUAGAUGACUGUGGAGAUGUUGUGGAAAAAGUGUCUGAAGUCACAUCGUCCCAUGUCAAGCUGUCUGAACCAGUUUUCUCUCUAAAAGCGGUCCUGGUGGAAGUCGGCAUUUGGAAAAUAAACUGCAACGUGUUAAUAUACAAGUCCGACACAGCGUUCCUCACACUCCAUGUUUAUGUGAUCCCACGUGAUCCUGGACUAGAACAGGAAAUGGACGAGAGGAAAUUAUCCAAUGGAUACAAAGUCAUCCAUAAGCCACAUCCAGAGAAGUCCCUGAGAAUGCGCGAUCGUUUCAUCUUAACAGCAGAUUCGGACGAUGCAGAAAUUAUUCCUGAAAAUUUAAAGCUCAGAUAUGAAAGCAGAAUCCCAAAUUUCUUUGAAGUGUACAUUGAAAAUCCAGACAGCAACUUUGUGCUCGAGCUCAAACAAAAAGACGAGCCUCAACCAGUGUGGACCCGUACAAUUCGAAAAGAUGAAUACCAAAGCACCGUCGGUCCUACACAAGGGGAGCACUUUGUGGAUAAACACCGGCGUGCUCUGAUCAAGAGAGUGAACAACAUAAAUCCAAUCUUGGAUCAUCUCCAGGCAGAAGGUGUAAUCUCACAAGAAGAUUAUGACACAAUCUGUGCCAUUCCGAUCACUCAGGAUAAGAUGAGGAGACUCUAUAGUGGUCCUCUGAAGGCUGCUGGACGUGACGGCAAAGACGUCUUCUACGAAAUCCUUGAGGAGAACGAGUCAUAUCUUGUUGCUGAUCUCAAGAGGAAGGAGUCAUAAAUACUGUGACCAUGGCUUAAAUUAGCAUUUUUGACCAAACAUAGACUCGCUGUUAACAAGCAUUCCUGAUUCUUGCAAAGAGUCCCUCUAACAGAACCAUUUUAUAGCAUGCAUUUAUGAAAAUAUUCAUCCUGGUGCUACAGUAUAUCUAUCUGGUGCUUUUUGUAUUUUUUCUUAAACUUGUCUUAUCCAUUUUUUGAUAAUGUAAAAUGAAUCAAAUAAGGUUGCUCAAAAAUGUUAUCUAGGAAAAAGAUGUAUCUAUAUUUUUAAUUAUUUUAUGUAUAUUUUUAAAAUUCAAAUGUAAAUGACAAUUCAGGUUUUAACUUUGUCUGCAGACACAGAACAGUUUGAUUGAGUGAUUGUGUUUUCUAUUUCUGCCUUCAGACUGUGGAGCAGUUUCUCUGAUUUAUAAUAAAUAUAAUUAUGACUAUGCAAAAAAAUGUUUUUACAUAUUGUCUAAUUUUGUUUAUAGAUUAUUUUGCUUUUCAAUAAAUAAAUUGCUGCCUUCUAAACAUAUAGCCUACAUUAAAAGUACCGUUCAUUGACUAACACCAAAUACAACAAGCUAUCGAUAGGCCUGUUCAAAGGCACAUUAGCUUACUGUUUAAUGUUAGCUUUAAGUUGGAUACUACUCUAUAUUUGUCCACAAAUUACUAAAGUUAAAAUGUAUAAUAAUAUAAUAUAUAAUAUCUGAACACACCGACCACAUCUGACUGAAGACCAGCACCGGCUGCAAUACUGGAAACAAAGAGAGACUGAAUUAAAAACCUAUACUAUGUCAAAUAAAGCCUAAAAAUAACAACAGUACGAUGAAUAAGACAACAAUUACCUGUAUUAAAACAAGCAUUGCUAAAAUAUACAGUCACAUAUUGUCAACAACACAACAAAUUGGUUAAGGUAAACAUGGAUAGUUACAUACUUUGCACCAUAAUUACUUGUUUUCUAAGGUUCUCUUCCCACAAUAAAAGUUAUGGCAGACCUACUUAAUGAUUUUAAAAGUGCAAUACCCCAGGGGAUUACAAGUAGGCUCCCCAUGA